GGCUCCCCGAGCCAGCGCAACUGCCGCCGGCUGCCUCCCGGGAAACCGAGCUCGCCCCGCCCCGUCACCCCCCCCCCACUUCCGCUCCUGCGCGCUGGGGCUCUGGCGGACCGCGCUGUCUGGACGUCAUGGUCGCUUCCCGCUUACCCCCAGCGACGCUAACGCUAAAGCAGUUCGUGAGAAGGCAACAUGUUCUCCUCCUCUACAGAAGGAUCUUGCAGGCAAUUCGGCAAGUUCCAAAUGAUUCUGAUCGCAAAUACCUGAAGGACUGGGCAAGGGAAGAAUUCAAAAGAAACAAAAGUGCCACCGAAGAGGAUACAAUCCGGAUGAUGAUUACUCAAGGCAAUAUGCAGCUCAAAGAGUUAGAAAAAACACUUGCUUUAGCCAGAUCUUAACUACAGCAUUAUCCUGAAAGGUUUUCAAAGUCUCCAUGUGUUUAGUUGAGCUUAGGCUCAACAGUGGGUAGCCCAAAGCCAAGUGAAACUAUCUGUACAUAGAGCCCUUGAGCAAAAUGUCAGAACAUGGAGCAUGGCAUAUCAGAGAGAGCCAAGAAAAGGGCAUAAGAGCAAUUGUCUUAGCACUGAAAACAUACCUUUUAUUUUGAAAAUGUUCUUGGAUAUGUCAGUUUUUGGAAGAAGCAAAGAUCAGUACAAUAGAUAGCACAUAAAAAGAUGUUCAACACCAUUAAUCAUUAGGAAAAUGCAAAUCAAAACCACCAAGAGAUACUAUUUACAUCCACUAGAAUGGGCUAUAAUUAAAAAGGGAUAUAAUUGCAAAUGUUGGUGAGGAUGUGGAGAAACUGGAACCCUUAAACACUGCUGGUGGGACUAUAAAAUUGUGCAGCCACUGUGGAAAAAAGACUGUCAGUUGGCCAAAAGGUUAAACAGCAUUAUUCAUAAUAGCCAAAAAGUAAGACAAUCCAAAUGCCCAUCAGCUGAUUAAUGGAUAAGUAAAACGUGGUAUACCCAUACAAUAAAAUAUUAUUUAGCAAAC